GCUGGUUAAACAGCACCGCCCUACGACAGUCUUAAGCAGUUACAAUGCUCGGCCCGUUUGGAUUGCUUUUAUUUUGAAAAAACAACAAGCCACGUACGGGAAGUCGGAGGGGAAAUCAGCUGAAAUCCGCGGAAAGCAUCAGCAGGACUAUUUUUCACUACUUAGCUAGCUAGCUAGCUAUCCAUAUCCAAGUUCUAUUUCUCCUUUCCUUCAUUUUUGCUGUCAAAACUCCACACGGGCGAUGUCUGAGUCAUACGAUUUCCUGUUUAAAUUCCUGGUGAUUGGAAAUGCUGGAACGGGCAAAUCCUGUCUGCUGCACCAGUUCAUAGAGAAGAGAUUUAAGGAUGAAUCCAACCACACGAUUGGAGUGGAGUUUGGCUCCAAGAUCAUCAGUGUCGUCAAUAAAAUGGUCAAACUGCAGAUUUGGGACACUGCAGGACAAGAAAGGUUCAGGUCUGUGACCAGGAGUUACUACAGAGGAGCUGCAGGAGCUCUGCUGGUCUAUGAUAUCACCAGUCGAGAGACAUACAACGCUCUGACCACGUGGCUGAGUGAUGCUAGGAUGCUGGCCAGUCAGAACAUCGUCAUCAUUCUAUGUGGAAACAAGAAGGACCUGGACGCAGACAGAGAGGUCACGUUCCUGGAGGCUUCACGCUUCGCUCAGGAGAAUGAGCUGAUGUUCCUGGAGACAAGUGCUCUAACUGGGGAGAACGUUGAAGAGGCCUUUGUCCAGUGCGCUCGGAAAAUCCUCAACAAGAUAGAGUCAGGUGAGCUGGAUCCAGAGAGGAUGGGUUCAGGUAUCCAGUAUGGAGAUGCUGCGUUACGACAGCUCCGUUCUCCUCGUCGUGCUCAGACGCAGGGCACCCAGGAGUGUGGCUGCUAGUGGACGCACCCAGUAACAUACAGUACACAGACAAGGCGGGUUUGUGAAGACCAGGAGAAGAACAGCCGCGGGGGACCCAGGGUUCAGGUUGCUAUGCUAGGGACUCCUCUCUGACCUUUGACCUUUCGCACGGAAAACCUUCGGAACCUUUUGAACCUUUGUUGUCAUGACUGCACCUGCAGAGAGCUCAAAAGACCUCCCAGCCACGCCCCCACUCAGACCUCUCUGACCAUCUCCAAGGUAACCAGAGACCGCCCACCCUGCAACAUUCUGCUCCACUACUGGACCAAACCUUCCCCAGUCCUCCAAUCAGUAUGUGAAUUACUGAUUACUGAUGUAUGUAACUUCCCUCUCCUACCUUUCUACUUAUCUGCCCUCAUACCAGCUUACCUCACAACUUAGUACAUUUUAGUUUUCUCUACACAUCUCUACUACACACUACAUCACUACUUCUCUCUCCACCCACCUGCUCUGAUUGCUUGUUAACUUCCUGCUCACCUGUUUCAACCUGCUUCACACCACUAACAGUCUACAGACUACACAUACAUUUUGCACUCCAUGUAUACCUUCUUACACACUUUCUUUCCCAGUAAAGUGCCCCCAGGCAAUGUAGCUACUACCAAAUUCCUACCUAUCCAACCCGGUGUUUACAUCCCAUCAUUCUCUCUGUUGCCUUCGUACAUAUCUGCUUACCUGUCUACCUGCCUGUCUCUUUACACAGCUCUCUGCCUCUCUGAAUCUCCCUAAAGCAUCUUAUACCCUGUACAGUGUUUCUGUACAUAGACUGCCGCAUGUUUUCUCAAACAGAAUAUCAGAGUAUUUCAUUAUGAAGAGAUAUAUGUAUAUUAAAGUAGAUAGCAGCAUCUGUUUCAUGCUCCACUGUAUUAUUAUCAUGUUAAGCUACAAUACACUGGCAACUUGUAAGCAGUAUGGGGAGUACCGUUUGCAGCAGUUAUGUUAAUUUGUAAAUGGGACAAGCUGAUAUGGAGUACAUUAUGGACUAACAAGUUUUUGUGGGAAAAUGCUGUUUUAUUAUUGUUCAAGCUUAUAGAUUGAAAAAGAAGAAGAAAUAUUUAGAGCAUACAUUUGGCUUUCUGUUAUGGUUAAUUUAAAUAAUUUGGAGUUUGAAAGUUGCAUGUCAACUUUUAAUUUACAAUGGCACGUUCAGCGUUCACCAUUCAGUUAAAUGAUUUAUGAAUCCAAAGGAUCCAAAGGAUUCCCAUUAUGACUGAUCCUUCUCAUUUGUAAAUGAUGCCUGUUUACAUGAAUACCUCACUGACUUCUGCCAGCUGUGGGGUAAUACUAACUUAAUGCAUUUCAAGAUUUAGAAAUGGUAUGAAACUAUCUGAUGUGUGUUUGAUUUUGGUCUCCAAAGAUACUUUAUGUUCAGUUCAGCCACAUGAAGCUCUCGA